AUGGCCGAUGAUGAUUUGGAUUCGCUGUUGGACGAAGUGGAGAAGAAAUACUGCCGGCCUCAGCCCGGGUGCAAAGGAGCGGAGUGCUGGGCGAGUGGAGAGAACGGGAAGGAGCCGAGGAGGUCGAAGAACGCCAUUGUGAAUGUGUCCACUGAUGAGGAAGACGUUGAUGAUUUGAUUGAAGAUAUACUUGAUGUUCACUUACACGAAGACAAGGCACAUAGAACAAAACCUUCGAAUCAGAAACCCAGUAAAAAUACCAGUCAACAACACAGUAAAAAGUGUUGUCCGGUCUACCUAGGUGGGACUGUGCUUCCCUUUGGUGUUGGGACAAAUACAUCUGAACGGGCUUGUAGCCAGCUGCGGUGUACCAGCUGUGAUUUCAGUGUUUUGUCAUUUGAUGACUACAAAUGGGAUUCAUCCUGCGACUACCUCUUCUUCAGGAACAGUAUGCCUGAACACAGCAAACUACAAUCAAAGAUGAUAAGGAAGAAAGGAAGUCGAGCCUAUGCUUGUCAGUGCAGCUGGAGGUCAGUCCAUGAACUGACAGACCUCUCCAAGGAGCUCCAGCUUCGAUGGGUUUGCGCCAAGCAUUCUGAAUAA